AUGGUGCGCAUUCCUGAGAAGGAUCCAGGCGAAGUCGCAGCUGCCGCUGCGGCGGCAGCGACAGCAGACGCCUUGGCAAAGGUGGCUGCCAAGCAGGCUGAGAAGGCUGAGGCUACUGAGACCCCACAGGCGGAGACGACACUGGCCACGGAGGAGGAGCCCAGCUCUGGGAAGUCUGUACGCUUCUUCAUCCGGGGUCUUGGAAACCUUGGGGAGCACCACCUCAGAGACUACUUCCAGCAGUUCGGCACCAUUACCGAGGCCCGCUUCAGUCGACAACUGUUGAGAAGCUGCGGCUUUGACGCAUUCCGUGCUGGUCUACGUAGUUUCCGCUUCUUCCACCCAGGACACGGGAUGUCUGGGCCCUUCAACCUUAAAAUCAUAAAUGUGCGGGUGGUCGGUGUUACCCUUGAUGUCGUCACUUCCUGGCAGUCGCCGCUUGAGCUGUGA